GAGCCCAUGCCAAAAUUUCACCCGCUAUUUGGUCAUUUCGUCGCGCUCAAAGAAUGCAUCCAGGCUCUGCCACGAAAUACGACUAUGCACGUCGUAGUGCGGCGUAUGGCGAAACAGUUCCCGAAUGGCGUCUUCUAUCUCAACUUGUGGCCGUUCAGCAGGACCCUUAUGGUUGUUACCAAUCCAUUCAUGGCGUCCCAGGUCGAGGUUGCUUUCCUCGACAAACCUGCCGCUAUGUGUGGUACCUUGGAGAUCAUCAAUGGAGGGCCAUCGUUAAUGACGAUGCACGGGAGUGCAUGGAAGAAGUGGCGGGGCCUCUUUAAUCCCGGCUUUGCUGCUGGCUACAUGAUAGGGCUUGCCCCAGCCAUUGCAGACGAAGUGGCCGUCUUUUGCAAGCUGCUGCGCCGGCGCGCUAGCGAAGAGAAGAUGUUUCAACUAGAAGAAUAUGCAUUGCGACUCACAUUCGACAUCAUUGGUCGCGUGACCCUCGAUGCUCGUCUCCAUUAUCAGACACAGGGGAGUGCUCUUGCAGACUGCCUCCGGAGACAAGUCUACUGGACUCCGUUUGGAACUACCUUCAAUCCAUUUCGCCGCUACCUCAGCCCUCGACCCCUGGUCCAGAAGUACAACAGCUACCGUAUGAAUCAAUAUCUUGGCCUAGAGAUCGACAAGCGAUUUAAAGAACUAACACUGUCCCGUUCAAGCUCUCCGAAAGGAUCGCCGUCUCGGUCUAGAUCUAUCAUCUCGUUGGCCAUGGACAAGUACUUGGAGGACGUGGGGGAUACUGGAGAGCUGUCAGGGAACACCUUCAAGGAACUUGCCAAGCCUCAACUCCGUAUGUUCCUCUAUGCUGGCCACGACACGACAAGCAGCACGCUCCUGUACUGCCUCUUCUUGCUUUCUGGCCAUCCUGAAGUCUUGUCCAAGGUUCGCGCUGAACAUGACCGGGUGUUCGGUUCUGACUUCUCCAUCAAUCACAUUAAUGAGGUAAUCCACACCGAUCCCACGCUUCUAAACCAAAUACCAUACACAUUGGCAGUUAUCAAGGAGGUCCUCCGCAUCUUCCCUCCCGCAGCAAGUCUACGUGAAGGGUGUCCAGAUCUCAGCCUUGUGGACGAACAAGGCCAUCAGUAUCCUACUCAGGGAUGUCAUAUCUGGGUGCUCAGUCUGGUUAUGCAUAACAGCCCUGAUGUCUUCGUAAGGCCAGAGGAAUUCAUCCCAGAACGAUGGCUAGUCGGCCCUGAAGACCCUCUCCACCCCAAGAAAGCCUCUUGGAGGGCAUUCGAAUGGGGCCCGCGCAACUGCAUCGGUCAGACACUUGCGCAACUUGAACUCAAAGUUGCACUCGUCAUGACUUCUAGAACGUUUGAUAUCACUCCCGCAUACGACGAGUGGGACAGACUGCAUCCAAGGAAGGGCAUCAAAUCUGUUGACGGAAACAGAGUAUAUCAGGCUGAAAUGGGUGGCGGUGGGGCCCACCCAGUGGAUGGGUUUCCAGUCAGGGUUACCAUGAGAGACUAA